UUAUAUAUGAUGCAUUGGAUCCUACGCCAAAGUGGGUUCUCAAAGCCUCUAUUUCUCCCUAUGUCUUUCUAUCAAAGCAAACAAGUUUGAGAACCAAAUUCCAAAGAAAAACUGAGAAAAAAAUCAGUGAACAGUCGAGGAAGAUGAUGAUGUGAUGAAUUAAAAACCCUUUGGCAUUUUCGUUUCCCUGUCGUCAAUAUCAGCAUUCUUUCUUGUUUUUCUAGGCUUUUCAUUCCUCAGUGUUCAUGCUAGCUGUUACUUUUCGCCUUACCUGAUCCCCUCUUAUCUUUUAUCCUUUGUCUUCGAUCCUAGGUUCAUUUAAGACUUUGGGGUUAGUUAACUUCAACGUUUGUCUCGUUUCCUUCAUGCACUCGAAAAAUUAAGGCCAUGGAACUCAGUUUAUUGGUUAGGCCUCCUUCAGAAUUCCAAGAAGAUGAGUGUCAAAUUGCAUCCAAUUUUCAAGAUGUUAUUGUCGACGAUGAUGAUGAGAGUACUCAACAACAACAACAAAAACAAGAGUUGGUACUAGAUGAAGAUGGAGAAAAAGGGAAGCUGAAAUUGCCAUGUUCAGGAGAAUUCAACGUUGGUGAAGAUGGAAACGAUGAUGGGUUCAAGACUCCAACUUGUUUGGGUCAGAGAAUUCCAGCCAGUCUCAAGUGCCCACCUGCACCAAGGAAACCAAAAUAUGUCCCGAUUAUAUCAUCAAAGCGAAAAGCUGUUCGACGGAGAAUCCUACUUGAUUUGACGAAAGAGAUGGAGUGCUUAUUCCCUCCAGCUCUUCUUGCAGAUCUAGGGAACAAGAUUAAGAAAGUCAGACAAGGAAGUGACUUCAAAUGAUAAAUAGAAAUUUCAUGAUGUUUCUUUGUUUUUAUUAUCCAAGAAUGCGCAGCUUCAUUUACGUUUUGGGUGUUUUUAACACAGAAGCCAGAUCUAAAAGCAUAUAAAGGCUUUGCCAAAAGAAGAUGAAAGCAAGUAGUUUUAAUGAAUGAAUCGACAUAAUGGGUUCUUUCUUUUAUUUUGGCUGCACUUAACCAGCUAAGAGGCAGAAGAAAUGGAUUUGAAUUGACUUUGUAAUUUGUGAUUGGAAGAAAACAUUCAUAUCCAUAUUCAACCUUGGUUUUACCAGAGGGUGAGGUGGGAUAUCCCUCCUCCUGGUGACAGUAAAUUGU